CUAAUUGCGCAAGCGCCAUGGGUUCGCGGCACUCGGGACUCAGCGCGUGUGUCCUGGCCGUCGUCGUCGUCGCUGUCGCCAUGCCUGCCGAUAUCAGCCAGUGGUCCGGGCCGCUGAGCCUGCAGGAGGUGGAUGAGCGUCCCCAGCACGCUCUGCGGGUCGCCUACGCCGGAGUGGAGGUGGACGAGCUGGGCAAAGUGCUGACGCCCACCCAGGUUAAGAAUAGACCCAGCAGCAUUUCAUGGGAUGGCCUCGACCCAGGGAAACUCUAUACCCUGGUCCUCACGGACCCUGAUGCUCCCAGCAGGAAGGACCCCAAAUUCAGGCAAUGGCACCAUUUUCUGGUGGUCAACAUGAAAGGCAAUGACAUCAGCAGUGGCAAGGUCCUGUCCGAUUACGUGGGCUCUGGGCCUCCCAGUGGCACAGGCCUUCACCGCUAUGUCUGGCUGGUGUACGAGCAGGACAAGCCGCUGAACUGUGAUGAACCCAUCCUCAGCAACAGGUCAGGAGACCACCGUGGCAAGUUCAAGGUGGCGGCCUUCCGCAAGAAGUACCACCUGGGAGCCCCAGUGGCGGGCACGUGUUACCAGGCCGAGUGGGACGACUACGUGCCUAAGCUGUAUGAGCAGCUGUCCGGGAAGUAGGGAGCCGGCAGUCCUGGGGACCCCCCACAGUAUUGUCAAGUUGUAUAAAGCAUGCUGUUUCUCCUUCCUUCCUUCCUGCCCCCUUUGCAGGGAGUCCUGAGCUGUGCUAGGGUAGAGGUUUAGGGUGAUUUCCCGCUACCCAUCCUUAUGAUUCUACUAGUUGCAUCCUGGUUUAUGUUUGCUCGAAUUUAGGCUCCAUCUGCGGGGUGGUUGGUGUUCUGAUGGAGUCAUUGUAUCGUUAAUUUAAGAAGCGCAACUCUUAGGGCCGGGUCCACGGGCUAGUGUUGUCUGUACGUGGUCUGACAAGGGCUAGGUGCAGAACCAGGUACGGUGGCAUCUUCUGAGAUGUGUUUUGAGAGUUCUGUCCCCCGACUGAGACAACCCAAGGCUUCCAUGUCAGCCAAGCCCCGAGAGUCCAUAUGGGUCAGGUGGCUGCACAGGUGUUGAUGUCCUGUAGCUAAGGAACAAGGGCUGCUGUGCUGAGGCGUGGCCAUGGAGAGGAUCCCUGCUAAGCCUUGCUUCUCAGUGUUGUGAGCGAAAGUCACUGGAGUUGCUACAUGUUUUAAUUGUGUGUGUUCAUCGGCAAAUAAAAAUAAAAGGCAUUGGAAUCAGA